GCAAAAAUCCAUGGAACCCUCGAGGGACCACUCAAAGUCGUCCUCGACAAAGCGUUCGGAGAGCAAUUCAAAAACGAGAAGCAUAAGCACUCGAAGUUAAAAGGAGAAAAGAGGCGUGUUCGAACACCAGAAGAGUCAGCAGAAGUUACGAAGAGUCAGUUAGUAGACACUGAAAGUUACGAAUACGUUGAUGAUUUUGAAUAUGAGGAUGAGUUUGAAGAUGAAGAUGGCGUUGACGAAAACAGCAAGUUCACCCAUGGAAAGAUUGACGAAACUUCUAGUAAUGGAAUCCUACCCGUUGUGCCGUCACUUGAGCAAGUACAUCCUGGUACAGAAAAACCCAAGAGUAAGAGUUCGACGGGUGUGGCUGAACCGAUUGUAGAGGAUACACCUCUCAUAAGGAGGUUAGCAUCCCGUCAAGAGGGUCGGACACUGACUCAGUCACCACCAGUCAAACCUGUUGCAUCUGAAAAAAAGAAUGGCUAUGGAUGGGGAACAGAGAGCGGCGUACACGUAGAUGUGAAUUCGCAAGAAGACGUAAAUAUAGCAAUAUUUCGCGAGAAUCACCUGCAGAAUUCUCGAUUGAAACGGUUUCUAGAGACCGCUAGUCAGAUUAGGGAAGUUGAAAUUUCUUUGGAUAUCACCUUUUUGACAAUGGAACUAGGAAAGACCAGCACUGAAGUUGUUCAAAAAGUUCUCGUCGACUCUUACGCGAUCUCUGUUCGAUGCAUUGUAGAGCAUGCGUUCUCGAGGAAUUCUCAUAAAGCAAGUCGGGUGACAACAAUCACCUUUAAUCCGAACGAGCCAGAUCUAAUCUUGGUUGGCUUUUUUGUGGAAGAAUCACUAGCCGAAGAUAUUGUGAAUCGGACGCUUCUCGUAGAAUACUUCAUGGAAAAUGACCGGCCUCCGAAAAGGCUGUUUUCUUCCGAAGGAGAAGUAACAUCUACCUGUUACACCAAUGACAACACCACUCUAAUAGCCGGUGUAAGCGAUGGCGUAGUUGAAGUGUAUGAUUUGCUUGAACCGUCAACUACGUUUUCAUAUUCACUACCUUGGAUAGACAGCCCCAGCAAUAUUCCUCUUCGGUCACCUGCGUAUGACUCUUCUUUUCUCAGUUCCACUCUAUCUGAUGGUAAAGCGCAUCCGAUCAUAGACGUACAGGUUAUGGAAUAUGAACUCCAAUCUUUCUGUCAAGUAGCUUCCCUUGAUCAAUCUGGAACGAUUAGCUUAUGGACUGUUCUACGUAACUCUCAAGGCCAACCAGGUGUUAGACCUCAAUCUCAUCUUUCCUUACAGCUUCUCGCUUUGAUUCGACCGGACCCUUUUGUUAUGAGGUUAUCUUCUCAACCAACGCCGCUCCUCGCCACUUGUAUGGUAACCCGUUCUCACCCGCCUUUAUUUCUAGUAGGUUUCAAAGGAGUGCAUGGUGAAGUGCUUUGUGCAAGAAUGUCACCUUUCGAAGGGUCAUUGAUUCUUGUUGGUUUAUCAACGGGUUCUUUGGCCGUGUACAGCAUCGGUCAUCUUAAUCCAAUUGUUGUGCUCACGCCUCCUAUUAGCUCACAAAAACCAGCAAUUUCUGUUGAAUGGUCACCGAUAGCAUCAACUGUUCUCUACUCUCUUCAUGGACACAUAAGGCUGCUCGUUUGGGAUCUCUCUAAGGGGCUUGUACCACAAGGAGUACAUGAUUUAUCGCAGCAGGUAUAG